AUAGAAUCAAAGACACGCCCACAUUUCCAUACAUGGACUCAAAGUGGGCAGAGAGACCCUAUUCAGCGCGCGCAAAACAAAUAGUUGUCCUGUGGCGCCAUCUCGCGCCCGCUACCAACAUGGCGUCCCUCAUUGUUCGGGAAAAGUUUUUUUUCAUAUAUAUUUUAGGUGACUUAGGACACUCUUGAGACGGUAUGUAAUAAAUGGGCCACUGGGCAAACAGCGCUGUAUUACCAUGCAAGAUUCUAAGUACUUGCAGCAUGACUCUUUCAGCUCGCUCCACACUCGAUAUUGUCCAGUUCCGGACUCGGGGUGACUGUCUGGCUCGACAUAAAGCGCGUAGUGGCUCGGCGGGAUCGCGUAGGGCGGGCCUUUAACGCGCCCCUGCUACAGGGAUACCAAGAUGGAAAUUCAGGGGCUUUCUAAUGCCCAAAACACUCACUACAAACAUGGCGUCCCCUCUCAGACUGGUAUAUCGUCGUCGGGAACGACAACGGGGAUUGUAUCUAGACAAACUUCACAUGAAAACGGUAACAGCUUCGGAUCGCAAAGCGACAACAACAAGCGGCCCUCGUCUGCUCCGCUUCGACUGCUGGCACAAAAUGGCAGCAGAGCUCGGCUCUCUGUACAACAGAAACGCGGAGAAAGCAGCAGUACGCCCUCAGAGGACGUUCAGGUGGCUCAUAUUGAGCUCUGUAACCUGAACGUGAUGAAGGAGAAAGAGUACGGUGAUUUAGAUCUACCGCCUGACUUCGUGAGGGCCGAGCUGAAGUACGGAGAAGAGAACGAGGACGGCGUGCUGCAAAUGGCGCUGCCGCUUUUCGACGGGGAGGAAGACGGGUACACUGCGCAGUGUGAGCAACGACAACAACACCGAGAGCCAGUGAUGAGAGACGCGUGUUUAUCUGCAAGCGACGGGUCUUCCGAAGCUAAAAACCCUAAGGAGUUUUCCGUUGUUUUCAACAAAGUACAGGAAGUACGUAAAGAUGAUGGGGAGAAGAGAGCAGAGUGCUCCAGAUCGACUUACGGCCCAUCAGAGGUGCAACACACCCCGGUUUAUCCUGAAUCACUAGACCGCAAUUUGACAAUCAAAGCCAAAUCAUCUUCCACAUGCAGUGUUGAUGGUUUGAAAACCAGCUGUAAGCUAGUAAAUGAAACCUGCCCUGCCACAGGCGAAAAGCAGGAAGCUGAGAAGCGCACCAUGGGCGGCGUUAAGAGGACGGAUGAGAAGCUGCCUGGGGUGAUGGCCUGUAGUGAUUUAGUAUCGAUGGAGAAGGAUAAAGGACAGUUCACGGAAUGUGAAACGAAAAACGAUAGCACUGAAAUGUCGGCGGACAAUAGCGGCCCGGCUUUCAUGGCGGACUGCAUGAAUUUGGCAUGCAGUAUUAACGGAGAUGGGGCCACCGACGGGCCGCCCGAGACCUUCUCCGGUACCAUCAUGAUCAACAACCAGAGCAUUAUCGUGACUAUCGAGAACGGUGUUUUAACUCUGGCGGCCCCGCCUGAAGGCUACACAUACAAGGAGGACACAGUGGUGAGUCUGAAAGAGCAUUUGGGCGUGAAAGAGCAUGAAGACAUCGUCCUCCUGAACUACGAGGGUGGCACGAAAUCUCUGGGGAAGAUGGCCGAGGACGAGGGCGGCGCCGUGAGCGACUCCGAGGAGCUGACGCUGACCGACGAGUGCUCACUGUCGGAGCUAAGCGCUCUGGACAACUGUCCGUCCGUUAAACGGGAACAAGGAACUUUGUGCGACUCUGAUGCCACAGCUCAGACACCAAGAGGCCCGACUGAAGAUGAUUUGCAGCCCGCAAGCCUCGUCUCUCCAUCCGGCUUAGCUAAGAAAGGCGUUGCGGUGUCGUACCGCUGCCCACAGCCUGGCUGCGCAUGCGCGUUUGACAGCCGCCAGAAGCUGAAGAUGCACUUGGUGUUUCACGCUGAAGACCAGCGGCCCUUCAAGUGCACAGUGGAGGGCUGUGGCUGGUCCUUCACCACCUCCUAUAAGCUGAAGCGACACCUGCAAUCGCACGACAAAGUGCGACCCUACGAGUGCGAGUAUGAAAACUGCGGCCGCCGCUUCACCACCGUUUAUAACUUGAAGGCGCAUGCGCGAGCGCACGAGCAGGAGGACGCGUUUGCGUGCGAACUGUGCGGAGAAAGGUUCCGCAGCGCCACGCGCCUCGCCAACCAUCAGAGGACGCACUUCGAGCCCGAACGGCCACACAAGUGCGAGUUCCCAGGAUGUGAGAAGGCCUUCAUCACCUUCAGUGCUCUGUUCUCCCACAACAGGACCCACUUCAGAGAGACAAGCCAGUUCACGUGUACAUACCCAGGCUGUGACAAGCGCUAUGACAAGGCCUGCCGCCUUAAAAUCCAUCUUCGUAGUCAUACAGGUGAGAGGCCAUUUGUCUGUGACUCAGAAUCUUGUGGCUGGACUUUCACUAGCAUGUCAAAGCUGUUGCGCCACAAAAGGAAACAUGAUGAUGAUCGGCGCUUCACCUGUCCAGAAGAAGGGUGUGGGAAGUCCUUUACCCGUGCAGAGCACCUGAAAGGCCACAGUGUCACCCACCUGGGCACUAAGCCUUUCGAGUGCCCAGUAGAAGGAUGUAAUGCUAAGUUCUCAGCACGGAGUAGCCUAUACAUCCACUCUAAGAAACACCGCCAGGAUGGGGUGUCUCUGAGGAGCAGAUGCCCUGUUGCAGGAUGCACCAAGCACUUCUCAUCCCGCAGCAGCCUCAAGAGUCAUAUGCUUAAACACCACAACCUCAGCCCAGAUGUGUUGUGUCAAUUGGAAAACACAGCCACUCUCACACCCAGCUGUGAGCUCACCAGUGCUGCUCAGAGUGCCACCACUCCUGGCUCUGUGGGAACAGAGCUAAGCAGCUUGGAUCUCUCCUCCCUUUUCUCCAAUGUUCCCUCAGGAGCCUCCAAUGUACCUACCGGUCCUGCCCCUCAGUCAGUCCCUGCUUCCUUCACCAUGGACAUGGCUCUAGCGACCAGUGGGAUUCUUACCAUAGAUCCAGCCUCAGUGGGCUCGGCUUUGGGAGGAGCCAAACCCGUCGACCCUCUGAUCUUGGCUGCAGGUGGGGAUAUGGGGGUACUGGAUGCAGGGGGAGGGGGUGGGGUCUUACAGCAAGCUGCACUGCAAUUGGAUGAUGUACAGACGGUGAACCCUGAGGCACUUGGAGCGUUAACGGCCUUGGCUAUUCAGAGCACCUCAGCCGCAGAGCAGCUCCAAGCCCUGAGCUCCUCCAAUGUUUUAACAGCAGAGUCACCUUCCUCCUCUCUGACCCCAUCCCUUACUCCCUCCCUCUCUUCCUCACUCACGUCACCACUGUCAUCAUCUCUUGCUCCAUCUCUUGCCUCCUCUCUUGUUCCAUCUUUGGCUUCUUCUGCAGUACCCGAGCUGCUGUCUCCCCAGGUAAAGGCAGAUAUGGGAGGAAAUGAAGCAGCUGUGGGGCAAUUACUAAGUGGAGUGGAGGUCCUGAGCCAGCAGGAGAACAGCAAGGCUCUGAAUCAGUUUGUUUUCCCUAGCCACGGCACAUCCUACAGCGGGCAGAAAGAGACAGACCUUCCAUCGGUUGCUGCUUGUGCUUUUAUUGAGAGCAGUGGUUCCGCACGCACAGAUUACAGGGCCAUCCAACUGGCAAAGCAGAAGAAGCAGAAAGGCCCUGCUGCAAGUCCAUCUACUGCAGGGGUAACUCAGCGGAAGACUAAGGGGGUGAAGAGUCCCAAUGCUGCAGGGACAUUAGUUUCAGGAAGUGCUCGAUUUGGAGAAGGGACUACAUCGACAACCACGGCAGGCCUCACUAUCCGAGACCCAGUUACCGGAGUACAGUAUGUACAGAUUCAGCUACUGCAGGAUGACCCAGCCACAGAUGGAGAUUUGGCUUUCCAGCUCAGUUCACAGACCUCCAGUUCUCAUUCCCAGCUGACCGUUGACCUGCCUGUCAACAUCUUGCAGGAGCCUUCUGCCAUGGCUGAAGAUGAUAAUGGAUCUGAUAAUUCUCAGUUCACUGGCAGUACCAUUAACCUACAGGACCUGGAAUAAAAGCUUCACGUGUGAGACAGCAAGAGCUCCAAGUAGACUUCUUAAAUGUUUCUUCUCUCUUUCUUACCUUCACAAAAGGCAUCUGUUUUCAGAUGUCAGGGUGUUUGUGUCUAGGUGUUUUCUACGAGGUGUUUCUGAGCUUAAUGGUGCAGCGAUUUGAAUUUAAAAUAGCAUAUUUAAACAGCCUAAUUCCACUCUUCCAGGAUAAAACGUAUUUGACCAGAAGUAAACUUCUUUCUUGUGCUUCAUGUAUUAGCUAAGUUUCCUUUGUAGAGAACAUGAGCUGUUAUUGCUGACAGAGUACUUAUGAGCCAACUCUGUGUUGUCAUUAAAUGAACAGCAAUGAGUUGUCACAUAGGUUUUAAUAUAUUCUAUAUUAAUUUCAAGAAGGCAUAUACUUUGAUUUGGGGAGUAUCAUUGUGUGACAGCUCCUUGAUAUAUCUGGUAUAUUUUGUUAAGUCUAUGUUAAAGCAGCGUUAUGUAAUUGGAUUGUGAACCAGCACAUUAAGGUGUAACAGAUGUAACAUUUUAUUAUUAUUUCUACAGCACUGUACUCAUAAAAAUAACUUAUGAACAUUGCCUUGAGGUUGUCUUCAAGUCCUGAUGAGAACUGCUUUUAUAAUCAUGAAAGGCCCCACCCCCCACUGUUUGUUUGCUUAUUUUUGUAUGAUUUGUAUAAAACACUAUGUACUACUUUGUUUUGUGUGUAUGAGAAUAUGACAGAUUAAAAGUUGCUGUACUUUUAAUAAAACAUGACCAUAUGUAUGUUAUUUUGUGAGCGGGAGAGUAUUUGUUACUCAUGAAUUAAUUUAUUAUUAUUAUUACUACAUAAAAGAAGCACUUCUGGCUACACUAUCAUUCUGAUAAAAUCUUUCAAUAAUAAAGAAG